AUGCCUCCCAAAUCGAGGUUCACAAGGCUCGAUGCCUUCACCAAGACUGUCGAGGAUGCGCGGAUUAGAACCACCUCUGGCGGAGUUGUCACAAUUGUCUCCUUGCUCGUGGUGCUCUGGCUCGCCUGGGGAGAAUGGGCCGACUACAGGAGGAUAGUCAUCCACCCCGAGCUGAUUGUCGACAAAGGAAGAGGAGAGCGCAUGGAAAUCCACAUGAACAUCACCUUCCCAAAGAUCCCCUGUGAGCUGCUUACACUCGAUGUCAUGGAUGUCUCCGGCGAGCAGCAGCACGGUGUCAUGCACGGAAUUAGCAAGGUCCGACUUCAGCCUUCUUCUCAGGGAGGAGCCGUCAUAGAUGUCAAGGCAUUGGCACUCCACGCCGAGGACGAAGCUGCCACCCAUCUCGACCCCGAAUACUGCGGUAACUGUUACGGAGCAGCUUCCCCCAACAACGCUGCAAAGCCCGGAUGUUGCCAGACUUGCGACGAAGUUCGAGAGGCAUACGCGCAGGCAUCCUGGGCUUUCGGUAGGGGCGAGGGCGUUGAGCAGUGCCAGCGCGAACACUACGCGGAAAAGCUAGACGAGCAAAGACAAGAGGGUUGCCGUAUUGAGGGUGGUCUACGUGUGAACAAGGUGGUUGGAAACUUCCACUUUGCGCCUGGCCGCAGUUUCAGCAAUGGCAACAUGCACGUUCACGAUCUCAAGAACUACUGGGAAAGCCCAGUCAAGCACUCGUUCGAGCACAUUGUUCACCAGCUGCGAUUCGGUCCACAGCUUCCCGAGGAUAUUGCUCAGAAGAGCUCAAAGAACAGCCCUUGGACCAAUCACCACCUGAACCCCCUCGACGAUACCAAGCAGACAACCGAUGACCCCAACUUCAACUUUAUGUACUUUGUCAAGAUUGUCCCGACCUCAUACCUGCCUCUAGGCUGGAAGGCUAGCUCCGGCCAGGGUCCUGAUGAGAGCGCCUGGAUUGGCAGCUACGGCCAGCAAUACGACGGAAGCCUGGAGACGCACCAGUAUUCUGUCACAAGCCACAAGCGUAGCUUGUCUGGCGGCGAUGAUAGCGCCGACGGCCACAAGGAGCGUCUUCACGCUCGUGGCGGUAUUCCUGGAGUCUUCUUCUCCUACGAUAUUUCUCCCAUGAAGGUCAUCAACCGCGAGGAGCGCUCCAAGACGUUCACUGGCUUCCUGACGGGUCUCUGUGCCGUUCUGGGUGGUACACUUACAGUAGCCGCAGCUGUGGACCGCGGUUUGUUUGAGGGCACGUCGAGAAUCAAGAAGCUGCGCUCCAAGGAUCUGUAA